GGCGGCGCCCCGCGACUCUGCCUGUUUCCAACCUUUUGCUUGGGCUCCCUGCGCGGCUCGCCUGUAAAACGGGCCUGCGACAGCGCCGCUCUCAUCGUUUCUUCCAGAGAGGCGGAGGAGCCUGGUGUGGGAAGCACUUGUUGAAGGAUGCUGAGGCCCUCCAGGAAAACACUGCCUCGAGUUGAGCCAGCAGAUGAGGCAACGUACUUAGCAAACCUAGCAGUUCACAGAAAUGCCAGUGCCUUCUUUGACAAAUUUGACCGCAGUGAGUUGCAGGAAUUGCUGACUACUGCUUCUUCUAGCUGGCUGGCUUCGAAAGAUGACCUGCGCCAUCCGCUAGAGCUGCCCAGUGGACUGAUAAGUCAGCUGAGAAACAUAAGUUUCCCCACGGCAGUUGUGCUGGCUCCAGUGGACCCAGAUGUGCCUUUGGACUGCAAAGAAAUCCACCAGAUUGUGAGAGAAUUGGCAGUUGGCAUUUACUGUUUAAACCAAAUACCUUCUAUCAGCUUAGAUGCCAAUUAUGAUCAAAGUACUUCCUGUCAGCUUCCUCCAGCUUACUUUGACACCAGAAUUGGCCAAAUUUUGAUUAGCGUUGACUAUAUGCUAAAAGCAUUAUGGCAUGGGGUAUAUAUGCCCAAAGACAAGCGCGUUCGGUUCUCUGAGCUCUGGCGUUCCAGCAUGGACAUUGAUAUAGAUGGGAAGCCCCAAACAGAAAAAAACAUUGUUUCAGAGUUUUGUUCAGCAGGUCUAGUUGAUCUUUCCAGUGACCCAGAUUUUGAGAGAAUCUAUGAUGAAAACAUGAAUGAAGAUCCAACUUAUGAUCCUAACAGCGCACAAGAAAAACGUCUCUUUAUGCAGUAUGCAGAUAAUAUACUACUGAAGUUAACAUUUGGUACUACCCAGGAUUAAAAUGUGUUUAAAUUUGAUGCAAUAUACAGGCUUACUAAUUUGAUAAGAAUGACGGAGGAUCACCUCGAUACUGUAACAUACCAAAGGUUGCAGCAGAGGUUGGCUCUUCAGCAAAAGCUUGUGAAGAAGCACUUAGAGAAUAAAACAGAAAUCCGUAAGAAUAUACAAUACCUAAAGAUAGUGAGCUUUCUGAUUCCAGUUUUAAUUGGUUUUAAAAGAAGGAUGAAAAUUCCAAAUUUAAAUAAACUUCUGCAGCCAUAUUCAGAUGAUAAAGUUAAGACUGAACGAGAAUUGCCUCCAUUUUUGCUUGGACCAGAUUUUAAAUGCCAACAUUUCCAGUGUGCACAGAAUGAGUAUUUUCAUGUCCAUGGAGGAAUUGAAUUUGAUGUUGGUACACCUUCAGUUGAGGAUGUCUCAGAAGAGAUCAAGGCUGUCUAUGAUGACAUACAGAAUUGUUCAUCAAACAAUAUGACCCAGUUACUAGACCCAGAUAUACCAUACAGAGAACAUUACCCCAUACCAGUCAUGGAGUUUGAUGGUAAGAGCUACUAUGUGAUAUCCAUUGAAUUAGAAGCUUUCUAUCAGCAGAUGUAUAAAACCCCUUGGUGGGGAGCAAUACAUGAAAUAAUAAAUACACUGAAGCCUAAAAGGUUGCCAUUAACAGAUAUGCAGUCACUUGAGCAAUUCAAGAAAAGAUUUGGCUAUAAGGAAGCUAUUAAAUGCAAGAGUUUGCCAUAUGGCAUGAAGUCUGCUGCUAAGAGAGGACUAGCUGCUAUCUUCCAUACAUUUUGUCGUAAAACAUCUAGCUCCAGUCUCUGUGUUGUAGAUGAAUCAGGUUAUGCUCUUUUUCAUCAUGCUUCUAUGCACAACCGUAUUGCAAUUAUCUGUCAGCUGAUUAAAUCCAAUUUGAAUAUAAAUCAGAGGCAGAGUAUUCACCCACUCCUAGGCAGACGUGUAUAUAAAAGUGACAUCAAGGUGGGAAAAACUGGAAAAACUAUUUUUCAGGACAGGGAGAGCUUUGGCAAGAGAAAUGUUUUAGGUCCUACUGCUUUACACCUGGCAGCUCAGUGUGGAUCUGUUGAAGCACUUAAUUGUCUCCUGGCACUGAAGGCAGAUUAUAAAUUAUCUGAUGAUCGCGGAUGGAUGGCUAUACAUUUUGCUGCAUUCUAUGACAACAUAUCCUGCAUCACAGUUCUUUGGAGAAAAGACCCUGAUCUACUAGAUGCUGAAACAACAUCUGAAUAUCGUACUAAUCCACUAUUGCUUGCUGCUUCAGCUGGAGCAUUGGACACACUUCAGUAUUUGUUUUCUCUUGGUGCCAAUUGGAAAAAAACUGAUAGUGAAGGAAACAACAUAAUUAAUUUAGCAGUGCUGUACUUUCACACAGAAAUUCUUAAACAUCUAAUAGAACUUAAUAAUCCAGAUCUUCCAGUUUGGAUUACUCUUGUAGAGAUGUUACAGUGUGAAGAUUCUACGAGGAAAGAAAUGGCAGUUAGGUCCUUGGAAGUACUCUGUUUAGCAAAAGACUUCUACUGGAAGUGCAUUUUGGAUGCAGGUACUAUACCCGCUCUAAUCAAUUUGUUAAAAAGCCAGCCGAUCAAACUGGCAUGUACAGCUUCAGGAGUUCUGAGUAACAUAUCAACACAUCUUCCCAUUUCAAAGGCCUUUGUAGAAACAGGAGGCAUUUCAGUGUUAAUUGAGUUAUUGAGUUCUGGUGAACCUGAACUUCAGUCUCGCUGUGCUGUUAUCCUAUAUGAUAUUGCCCAGUUCGACAGUUAUCAGAAUAUCAUUGCUGAGCUGGGUGGAAUUCCUCCUCUAAUAAAUCUUUUAAAAAGUAAAAUACAAGAUUUAUUAGUGAAUGUGAUAAACUGCAUCAGAGUGUUAUGCAUCCAGAACAAAUGUAAUCAAAAUGCAAUCUGGGAACACCAGGGUAUUCCAUUACUUGUUAAAUUCCUAACUUCAGAGUCAGAUGUGCUACAGGCUGUAUCUUCAGCAGCUAUUGCAGAACUUGCUCGGGGGAAUAUACAGAUGCAGGAGGCCAUUGCAAAUGCAGAUGCAGUUGGUCUUCUAAUUGAUCUUCUCCGUGAAAGGAAAUUAAGCGUGCAGGUGAAAGGUGCUAUGGCCAUCGAGGCACUAGCUAACAACAAUGUUUAUAUACAGAAGGAGUUUCUGGCAAAAUCAGUAACAAAGUAUCUUUUGAAGCUCUUAAAGGCAUUUCACUUGAAAGUUAAAGAACAAGGUGCUACAGCUUUGUGGUCAUUGGCAGGACAAACACUGAAGCAGCAAAAGUUCAUGGCAGAACAGAUUGGGUACAACUUCAUUAUUGAUAUGCUUUUGUCACCAUCUGAUAAAAUGCAGUUUGUUGGAGGUGAAGCAGUCAUAGCUCUUAGCAAAGACAGCAGACUUCAUCAAAAUCAAAUAUGUGAAGGGAAUGGAAUUGGCCCUCUGGUUCGAUUGUUGAGAAGCUCAAAAAUUGCAGAAGGCACGCUCUUGAGUGUCAUUAGAGCCUUGGGGACCAUUUGUAUUGGUGUGGCUCAUAUAAACAAUCCAAUCAGCCAAGAGAACAUAGUGGAGGAACAAGCGUUACCAAUACUGGUGAAUCUGCUUAAACAUCAUAAUUCUCUUCAGAUAAAGGUUGAAGUUGCAUAUUCCUUGGCUUGCAUUGUUUUAAAGAACAGUAAACUACAGGCAGUGUUACAAGAGAAGGAGGGUUUCAGUUACACUGAUGUUCUUGAACUUCUUUAUGCACCUGAUAAGGACAUUUGUUUACGAGCAGGAUAUGCCUUAGCGCUUUUUGCAUACAACAAUCCUGUCCAGCAGUUCUUGAUAUUGGAGACUGGAGGAAUUACAUUGUCCAUGUUUGAACCUUUUCUGCAGUCAGAAGUUGAGACAGAGAAAGCAAUGGCUGCAUUUCAGAUUGUUGUGUUAGCCAAAGUUAUAGUGGAUGUAGACCAGGUUACUUUGUCUGCCAGAGGUGUUACUAUUUUAGUUGAACUACUACAUUCUGAAGAGUCAGCUACACUUGUUCUAACAGGAAAGUUAUUGGCUAGCCUGGCUCAUACAAGAGUAGGUGUUCCAGAAGCAAUUACUUCAUUAGGAACCAUACAACAUCUUUGUUAUCAUUUAUACUCGGAUAAAGAAGAGGUUCGUAUAGCCUCAGCCACUGCUGUUGCAUACUUAACGUUCAACCGAACUGCCUAUCGCCAUCUAUUAGUAGAAUGCAGGAAUAAACCCAAACAGUUCACCCAUCUAAUGAAUAACCUAAGUAGGGAUGCAAAAAUAAACCCUGACUUGGUAAAAGAAUUCCAGAGACAAAGACAAGUCGGACUACCCUCUUUAAGUUUGGGGAUAAAUGGAGGACCACCUGCAGUUCCACCCCGUACUAAAGAGAGAUCACAAAGCAGAACCAGAAGAUUUAAAGCUAGAUUUCAACCAAAGGACUCCCUUCUUUUAAUGCCUGUCUCUGCUCACUUAAUGGGGAAACUCAAAACUACAGAGAAGCCCCGUAUCCGGACCACUGGACUCCAGCCAUUUCUACAUGUAACUUCAGCAGACAUCAUAAAUGUGUCAAGACCAAGAAUUUUUAAUGUCAGUAAUCUCCGACCUAAUUCACUAGGAAAGAAAGCUUAA